UGACAAGAGUUUUCCAUGUCUAUAACGUGGAACCAGUUCAACAAACCACGAAUACGGCGAUGGACGUUUCUUCGAACUAAGUUAUCGGACAUUGUUUACUUAACGGUUCUGGCGAGUUGUUUUAAGAAUGUGGUUUCAAGAAUGCCGGUUCUUUAUUUUUUUUUCGGUGUAAUUAGAGUCAACUAAUUUGUUUUGACUUACGUUUUUUGGAAAUGUGAUUUCGAUACGUUAAGUUCGUUUGUUUGGGUGCUACGGUUGUGUAUGUGCCCUUUUUUUGAUCUUCGAUUUGAAGGAAAACCAUGAAGAUUGAUUGAUUUUAAUAGCAUUGGCAAGAUGUAUUGUUGAGCAGGAUGGCCUACUUGAUAACCUUGUUCGUUUUGGCUUCAUCGCUAUCCAUCGUGGUAGCCGACGAAUGCGAUAAUUUGUUGAAAAAAUUUCGUCAACCAUGCGACUGCGUUAAAUUGGAAGAUGGCCAAUUGUCUUUGGAUUGCGAUCGAGUAAUAUUUCCCAAUGAUUUACCCAGCCUUCCAGAUACCAAUUAUUCGCUUAUAUCGUACACUCAGAAAUACGCCGGUUACCAAUCACUACCAUUGCAACUUUUCACUGCACCAGGUUUAUCGUUGAAGAAGGUAGAUUUUUCCAAUAAUUUAUUACGAAGAUUAACCGAGAAAAUUUUUUCUGGAUUGAAGAAUUCUCUGCAAGAGUUACGUUUGGCUGAUAAUCUUUUUGGAGAUGCUCUGAAUCCGGUGUUUUCCUCGAUCGAGUUCCAUGGGUUGAACCAACUACGAGUUUUGGAUCUGAGUAAUAAUCAAAUUAGAGCCUUGGAAGAAGGUAUUUUCAAAGGAUGCGAUAAUUUACAGGAAUUGAAGCUGGAUGGUAAUCGGUUAUCUUCUGUGCCAAGUUCUUCGUUGAAUGGUCCUAUAGCUAUGAAAAUCCUGUCCAUAAAUUUUAAUCGAAUUACUACCAUUGAAAAAGAUGCAUUUACAGCGCAACCGAAUCUCGAACAAAUCGACCUUAUGGGUAAUUACAUCUCGACUGUGGCCGGAAACGCGUUUCAUAAUUUGUUAAAAUUAAAACACGUCAAUUUAGCGUUCAAUAAAUUAGAUCAUUUGAAUAGCGAUGUAUUCGAAGGUACUGAAAAAGUUCACUCUCUCGAUUUAGCUGGUAAUUUCCUCAACGAAUUUCCAGCCACAGCUUUGAAAAUUUUCAAAGAAUUAAAGUACCUGAAUUUAUCAUCGAAUUUAAUCCAGAAACUAGAACCAUCGCAUAUGCAAUCCAUACCGUAUUUGGAAAUUCUCGAUUUGAGUCGUAACAAUAUCGCUACCAUUGCUGAUAAAACGUUCCAGCACGCGCAGUACCUUCGUUAUUUAGAUAUCAGCGUUAAUAUGUUGAGAGCGAUUGACGAUAAUACGUUACAAGGACUGAACAAUUUAGAAACGUUAUUUUUAGAAGAUAAUAACGUCCUGCUGAUUCCUGCCAUCACUCUGAAUCAACUCACCAAACUGAAAGUUUUAAAGUUGGGAUACAAUAGGAUAACAGCUGUGUCUGCUGAAAUUUUAGCCAUCUUGUCGAAUCGAUUGACUGAUCUUGGUUUAAGCUAUAAUGUUAUCAGAGAGCUGCCAUCGUAUGCUUUUCAGAACUUCAAAAAACUAAAAACACUCGACCUAAGCGGAAAUCUAUUGGUGAACAUCGAACCUCACACAUUCGCCGGAUUGGAAAAAUCUCUGAUAUCUCUAAAUCUACGAGGCAACCGUAUAUCUUCUCUGAUGCUCGAAGAACCAGUCGUUUUACAAAGUUUGAACUUCUUGGAUGUAUCCAACAGCCAUCUGAAAGAAAUAUCACCAACUUCGUUCGUCAUGAUGCCAUCGUUAUUGCAUUUAAAUCUCAGUCAUAAUUUCCAACUGAACACGAUACCUAUACGAAUUUUCCAGCCACUGGUCUCGUUGAACGUGUUAGAUCUCAGCUACAAUUCUUUGAAAGCUUUAUCCCCUGAACUUUUUAUCAAAUGCACAUCUCUCGAGUGGCUCUCAUUGGCUAAUAAUAUGAUCGGCGAAAUACCUGAGAAUGUUUUCGACAUAUUGAACAACCUAUUGUAUUUGAAUUUAGCCGGCAACAACAUAUCAAAUUUGAAGAGCGGUAUUUUUGUCGGAUUACGUUCCUUGAAGGAGUUAAAUCUGAAGAAAAAUCAUCUGACUACAUUCAAAGGGGAAUUCUUCAUUACAUGGAAGAGUAACGGGACUUCGAUCGAAAAAAUGGACCUGUCUGAUAAUCAAAUCAGCUAUUUAUUCCCAACAUCGUUCAAAGUGCAUCCAAAUCUCAGAGUGAUUAAUCUAGCCCGUAAUAAAUUCAACUUCUUCCCAGGCGAGUUGAUUAUCGGACUAGAAUACUUGCAAGAGAUCGAUCUCAGCGGUAAUGUUCUAAAAACUUUGGACGAAUUCGAUUUCGGUAGACUACCUAGGCUAAAGAUACUAAAACUGAACGAUAACGAUAUCGAAAUCGUUAGCGAAACCGCCUUCCAUAAUUCGACCCAGCUACAGGUGAUCGAUUUAUCCAACAAUAACGUAGAGAAAAUAGGCGAACGAACGUUCCAAGGGUUGAACCGGAUCGAGAGGUUGAACUUGAAGAAUAAUUCGUUAUCAGAGUUACCAGAUAAUAUUUUCGAUCGUGCUAAAGUUCGCAUGCUCGAGAAUAUCAACUUAUCGAAUAAUAAAUUCGUAACUCCACCUUUACGAAGUCUGCAAAAGCAAUACUUUUUCCUCAUGUCGAUCGAUUUAUCGUAUAAUAAUAUUAGGGAUAUUCCUGCCGAUGAUACGGUCGUAGUUAAUAUCAAAGAAUUAGACCUGUCUUAUAAUCCUUUGACCGAGGAAUCGAUCAAUAAUGUGCUCAGUGAGCCUAAAACUGCUCGAAAGCUCAACUUGGCUGGUACAGGAAUUACUCGUAUUGGUCGAAUGGAGACUCCUUUUAUACAAUACUUGAACUUGUCUCGUAAUUCCAUCUCCGAGAUGCCAGAAAAGGUAUUCGAAAGGAUUACUUUAUUGGAAGGAAUGGACGUAUCGAAUAAUAACAUAGCCGAUAUAUCGAAUUUAUCUAAAAUUUGGUCCAAAUUGAAAAACCUACAAAGUUUAGAUAUUUCAUCCAAUCCUAUCGCUAACAUCGUCCAAAAAGAUUUCGAAGGAUUAGACUCGCUGCGAAAAUUAAAAAUGUCUAAUUUAGAAUCUUGUAUUAAAAUCGAGAAAUCUGCGUUCAAGAAUUUCGUCAAUUUAAUGGAGCUGGAUUUAUACGGUUACGAUAAAUUAGGAUACUUAGACGUGCCUGGAAUUCUGCAUCAUUUAUCAUCGUUGGAAACAUUAAACAUCGAGGUUAAAGAUCCGUCCGUAGGUAGCGAGCAAUUAUCGCCAGCGAUGAAUUCCAGGCUGCAUUACAUCGGUAUAUGGGGCCAACGUGUAACAACCUUAUCAUCCGGAGCUCUGGCAGGAUUAAAAAUGCCCAACGUCGUGAUCAAAAUAUCCAACACUUCGUUGACUUCGAUUCCAGCCGGAUUACUGAUCCCUCUACCAAGAUCAUCGAGUAUAUCUCUGGAUCUCAGUAAUAAUCAGCUGACUACGCUUAUACCUCAAUUUUUAACUAGUCUGGAUGAUCGUCGAGGUCAUCUAACCAUCCGAGGAUUAGAAACCAAUCCGAUCCAGUGUGACUGUAACGUUCGAGCUUUACGCAGAAGUGGCCUAGCCUUCGGUAUCAGAUGCUCUUCGCCAGCCUACCUCAGUGGUAAAUUCUUAAUCGAAAUCGCCGACGAUAAUCUAACCUGCGAUAUUCACAAACAAACUUCAACAGCCAGUCCGACCACGCCGACACCUACCACUUCGUCGGUAACUAUAAUCAAAAUGAGUAAACAAACGCAAAGGAUGACCACCGAACCGGAUAUUAUCUGGUCGUUACCUCCGAUGACCACUGCUAAAGCUCAAAUGACCAUUAAACCUCCUCAGGCUGGAAUGACCAUCGUGAAUAACGACGAUACUCUGAUUAUCGGUAUCGUCGGAGGUGUCGUUGCAUUUAUAGCUUUGCUCAUUAUUAUCAUAUGUAUCAUUAGGUUAAGAAUGUCGAAUAGAUUCGAUCCUUAUGGUGGAGCUAUGUCCACGAUGCCAUCAAUGCUGCAAAUUCAUUGUAAUAAUCCAGCAUGCCCUUGUAUCAAAGUAUCACCCUCUAUGUACGCUUAUAAUCCUAAUUAUACUUCGACCUUGCCGUCGAAAAUGGCAUCUUCGCCUUCGGUAUCGCCUCCUUUAAGACCUAGCUAUGCUACUAUUGGAAGGCCUUACAAUCAAAAUCCCUACUGCGUUCCUUAUUCUUCCGAUGAAAAGGAUUACACCAUGAGAUAGGUGCUUUGUUCUUGUUAUUGUUGUUUUUGUAUAUGUGUAUUUUCUUUUUUUUUUAAUAGACUGUGUUUUAUUAUUGUAUUUAUGUAAUUUAUAAUUACCUACUCACCUACUUGAUGUAUUUUCCCAUUUUUUUUGGUUGUAAUUACCUACCCCAUGUUUGUAAAUUUUAUAUUAUUAAUUUUUUCCCCAUUAUUUUCGUCCAUUGUUAGAAUGAAUUAAUUCAACGUUUUUAUUAGGUAUUUUAAUUUUAUUUGUAAACAUUGAGCCAUUUUAUAUUGAUUUUUUUAUGUGUAAGAAUUUUGCUGUGAACAAAUUUCAUAUACUUAUAGGUGAAUAAUUUUUAUGGUGCUGUAUGCAAAUUGGUACCCAAAUGUUUAAUUAAUAGGUGUCUAAUUUAUUAAGCUAUUACAAGUUAUAAACUUGUUAAAUCGUUCAACGUCUUCAUCAGUAUUAUUAAUUAUAAGGAUUUUUUUUUUUAAAUAUUAGUUGGCAUUUUAAAUGCUAUCGUGUAGUUUUAGUAUUCAAGAGGGAAGAUCAGAAAUGAUCAUCGCCAUUCGAUUUACAAUUCUUUUCGGCAACUGAAUUUUUUCUAUAAAAGAAAAAAUAAAUAAACAAAUUUUCAUUAUGAUCGGCGAUUAUUGUGUCUGAUGUUCCCUUAUUACUUAGUUUAGUGCGUAUGUUGCGAAGAGAGGCUGUUUUCUGAAGUAUUAUUAUAAAACCAAAAUUAUUUUUGUUGAGAAUGAAAUGAAUUCGUAAUUUUAAGUACCUAAGGUACCUUUUCAUACUCAAAUUUAUAUUUUUAUAGUGUUAUUAGUUUUUUUUUUUUUUUUUUUUUAUUAUAAAUAAGCGAAAUAAUUUUAAGCAUAUUUUAAAUUAUGUUCUAUCUUUAAAAAGAUGAAUUGAAAUGAGAGGGGCAUUUUGUGCAAUAUUAAUUAUAAGUAUUCGUGUUGAAAUAACGAAUUCGUAAUGAUAAGAAAUUGUUUUAAUUUAGUUGUUAAAAUUUUAUGAAAUUUGUUUUAUUUGUCUAAUACGAGAAUCUUGUGUGUAUUAUUUAUUAUUAUUAUUUUUUUAAUUAUUUAAAUACAACGAAGUUUUUU